AUGUCUCAAGAGGUUUUCAAUGAGGGUCCCACAACGUCUCAACAUAUCGAGUCUCGAGACGAUUCCCACUUCCAAUCAACCACAUUCAAACUGAAGAGAACUAGGUCGAUGGGACUGUUGGACAACUUCAUAACCCCUCAAAGUUCAACUCCGUGUGGUGGCAAUUCAAGUCGUUCUCGUGAUGAAAUUGACCAUGCUUGCAACCCCACCCAGAGAAGCAUCCCCAACUCGAAAUUGACUAGCGGAUCGUUCAUACCGCAGGAAUCCCUCAACAAGUUGAACCUACAAAAAGAUGCAGCUCCCAUUCAUGUUAGGUACAGGCCGAUUUCUCUUCCCUCUCAGCCUUCUUCUUUAACUAAUAAUGCCAACACUUCUUGCUCUCAUUACAUGAACCGGAAUUUAAAGGUAAAUUCCCCACAGAGCUUCCAAAGUGACGAUUUCUCAGAUGAUUACAACAACUCCGAGGACUCGGUCUCCUCCCAAUCAUCUGUAUCUCUAAUACCGAAACAUCAACUCAAAAGAAAACAGCAACAACAACAACAACAACAACAACAACAGCAACAGCAACACCAGCAACACCAGGACCGAUAUCGUUCAGAUAAUGAGAAGAACAAAAAUUCAGAUGAUUAUGAUGAUCAUCUCCAUCAUCAUCAAGACUUGACUAACCUAUUGCAUGACGAUAUAGAUGUCAAAGACGCUCCAGACAAACAUGUCGAUUACUUGACUCAUAAAUGGGCAGAAGACGAGAUCUCCAAAUCUUGGAAGUACGUCACCUUAAGAAGGAGCGCUGUUGCAGAUUCCGCCAGGUUGGAGAAUGCGUCCUGGAGAACAUGGGCCCAAACUCGUUCCAACCUUAAAACCAUCUCGCCAGAAGAAUUGAACUGGUCAAAGGACACGGACGUCACAUGGUUAUACGGUCCGGUGAUUGAGUCUCAAUCUAUCAAAUUGAAUAGAAAUCACCAAAAUGGUUCCGGCAACUCUUUAAAUUUUGACAAUACGAAUCAUAGCUCAAAUACAGAUUCAUAUCACUCUGAAAUGACUAAUGCUGGACAUACAAAUCAUAAUAAUGAUGACAAGACUAACAAAGUUAACAACAAUAGUAGUAGGAGUAGUAGUAGUAGUUGUGAUAAUAAUACAGAAACUGAUACUAUUAGGAGUAGUCAUGGUGGUAGUGGGUUUAAGAAUACUGAUAAUAACGCCAAUAUACCUGGAAAUGAAAAUUACUCUUUACUAAGCAAUAAUAAUAAUAACGAAACAAAUUCAAAUCCAAACCCUAGCGGUGAACAUUUAAAAUCAAUUUUAAAGAAAAAAUCAAAAGUGGAAAAGAUGAUUGGUGGUUCAAGUUAUUCAAGGUUGCAGCAUUUAUUGGAAAACCGUGAACGUAAGAAUUCAAGCGAUGAUUAUUAUUCUUCGCCGAAUCUCGAGCCAACAACACCAAUCUACAAUCAAAAGUGCAGUCCAAUUGACUCAACAUCCAACUUGUCUAAUAACUUAUCGUUCAAUUUCUCAAACUCAAACUCAAACUCCACUAUAACUUCAAACAAAGUUUUACCAAUGAAAAUCAAAUCAUCGUUAAAGAACUCCUUGUUGAACAUAAAGGAGAAGAAUGACUCAAAUCAAUCAAUUGGAAAGAAGGAGAAACACAUACAUUUCAAUUUGCGUGUUGAUCAAUGUAUCGCUUUAGAGAAUGGAGAUGAUUCAGGCGUCGAAGAUUUGGAUAAUGACAAAAUUCCCUCAAUUUCUAAGUAUAUGGAUAACGAAUAUGAAAGUACAAAAAGCUAUGAGUCGGAUAAUGAUGAUAGUGAUGGAGAUGACGAACAUGAUGAUAAUGAUAACGGCAAUUACGACAACGACAAUGAGGACGACGAAUAUGACUACGACGAUGACGAUGAUGAAGGAUUCGUCCUCAAGCCAACAUUGCAUUCCUUCUCUGGAACAGGUGACAUGACCACCAUUGCUCCAUUGCCCUCAACGGUACUAAAAUUUGCAAGUGAUGACGAAAUGACAGAACCUGUAAGACAUUCAAGUUCACAGGAUAGAUUAUUCACAACUAGCCAUAAUACGAAAACUAAUAGAGGUUACGAUUAUUAUUAUGACUACAAUACAGUUUAUAGUAACAACUCAAACCCUCUUGUUUAUUCUACCCCGAAUGCAGAUGUUGAAAUGGUGGAUGUUCCGAAAGAUUUUCAGCUGGGUGCAGAGCCAGAAUUUUCUCAGUCUGUUUCUCCAUCAACGUCAACAACGGUAAACAAUUCACCAGAUCAACAGAUGUAUGAUGUCCCAUUAGCGUUGCAGCAAACACGAUCAGAUAGCUCAAGUUAUGAUAACUCUUCAUUCCCAAAUAGUGAUAGCGAUGGUUACUUCUACUAUGAUUAUGAUAGGUUCAAUGAAGGUUUGUCUUUGAAGAGAAGUGCCAGUAUUGGAUCACACCAUGGCUCCUCACAGUCUGUAUCAUCAAUCAAGGUUGGGCUAAGUGGAUUGGAUUUGACAAGUACAGGGUUGCGUGCAUCCACAGGUUUAGGCUCUAAGCCGCAAUUGUGCCAAAUGGCUGGACUUCAAACAAGCCAAUCAAAUUUGCACUCGAAAGAGUCAGGUUCUUCUUUUGGCGAAAAUCAAGCACCGAAGGACAUGAAGAGAAAAUUCAUUUUUGAUGAUUCCGAAGACAGUUUUUCUGACAAUAACCGUAUGGAUGUUGAUGAGAUCGUUAGUGCUGUGAAGUCUAACUCCUCAAUUGGUAGUUUGGCGGACAUUAAUCGUCAAUUCUCGGGCUUGACCAGGAGGAACUUUGGUCUGAACAAUCAAGCUAAAUCAGGAUUUAGCUUUGGUAGUGAUUCAGAUAGUGAAUCUUCGCAAUAA